CAUAAAAUAAUAAAAAAUCGGUAAAAACGAGUGAUGUGUCUCGUGGCUGGCCUGAUUCACAUUAAAUCGAAUCUCUCAACAUUAAUAAGUACUCCGUAUAUAAGCAAAUUCAUUUCUUUCUCCACUUCCACGUUCUUCCUCUUUCUCUCUCCUCACGAAUUUUGACGGACAUCUCGUAAUUUCUAAUGUAUUUGAACUCUGCGUGAAGUUGACAUAACGCUUACCUUCUUCUCUCUUUCUCUCUCCUCCAUUUUCCCAGACAUUUUAGGUUGAAAUUCUUUCAGAUCAAUAAUGUUUUUGUUUAAGAGUUCUCAGAACCAUGAUGGAAAUGAUCCCUUACAGCGCGAUGCAAAGGUCAAAGAACUCAAGGUAGCUCUUGGACCACUAUCUGGACGUAAUGCAAAAUUUUGUACUGAUGCUUGCCUUCGGAGAUACCUGGAAGCAAGGAACUGCAACGUUGAUAAGGCAAAGAAAAUGGUAGAAGAGACGCUUAAAUGGAGGGAUGCAUACAAACCUGAGGAAAUCCGCUGGCAUGAAGUCGCACAUGAAGGUGAGACAGGAAAGGUUUCCCGAGCGAACUUUCAUGAUCGUGAAGGAAGGACUGUCCUUAUAAUGAGACCUGGGAAGCAGAACACCACAUCAGCAGAAGGUAAUGUCCGUCACUUAGUCUAUUUGUUAGAAAAUGCCAUCCUCAACCUGCCUGAAGGCCAAGAGCAGAUGGUGUGGAUGAUAGAUUAUACCGGCUUUUCAAUGAGCACCAGUUUAUCAGUCAGAACAGCCCGAGAUAUCAUCAAUAUUUUGCAGAACCAUUACCCUGAAAGACUUGGAAUAGCAGUCCUUUACAAUCCACCAAGGAUCUUUUAUGCAUUCUGGAGGGCUGUAAAAUACUUCCUGGAUCCCAAAACUUCUCAGAAGGUGAAGUUUGUUUAUCCUAAGAAUAAAGACAGUGCUGAGCUGAUGAGGUCUUACUUUGAUGUGGAAAACCUUCCGAAGGAGUUUGGUGGUAUUGCCACAUUAGAAUAUGACCACGAGGAAUUCUCAAGAAUGAUGGCUGAGGAUGAUAUAAAGGCUUCUAGAUAUUGGGGAUUUGACGACAAGUCAUCUUAUGCUGCUCAGGGCUGUGUUACUCGAGAUGUGUCUGUGCAGCCCAUUCUUCCCAGUGGACAUUCAAAAGCUGAAGUAGCUCCAGAGCCAUUUUAGGCAGCAAAUAGCAAAGAUUGUAAACUGAUAGUUUCUGAGAAAUUUAGUGCAGAAAUCAAGCAUCAGCUAUCUUGAUGGUGCUCUACUGCUCUCCCCAUUAAUAUAGCUAAAUAAGUUCCUGUAAUUUGCUGGGGGGAGAAAACAUGAGUUACUUUGUUGUGCCUCAGUUUUAAUCUGCAUAUAUGCAAGGUCCACGGCUGUAAUCGUUAUGCACCUCAUAGCAUUA